AUGCCUAUAACAGUGGACAAACUUGUUAACGAUGAUAGAUUUUCUGGAGAAAAUGUUUUACAGUUCAUAUUGUAUUUGCCCUUUGGAAUAGUACUUCUGGCUAUACGAAUAAUUUUAGCAUUAAUUCUUUGGAUUGCUUCAAUAUUAUUGCCAAACACUCAAACUGUGAGACAACUAUUGUCAACUUUCGCUUGUUGCACUUUUGGAGUAUAUGUAAAACUGAAGGGUAGUAAAGAUCCUCGUUGUAGUGUGAUGGUCGCCAAUUGUGUGUCUUGUCUCGAUGCACUGGCUGCAUCACAUGUAUUGGGCACAGUUAGUCUGAAAAAAUGGAAAGUGCCACCAUUUUUUGCAUCCACUUUAGGCAUAAAGAAUGCAGCUCAAUUUGUGAGAAAGCAGCAUUUCGCUGACGGUCCAAACAAGUCGAUGCUCUUACAGCCAGAAGGGGGUGCUACUAACGGCAAAGGUCUUUUGAAGUUCACCGAAUGGCCAGUUCAAAUUGGGAACAGAAUUCAGCCGGUGACCAUUAGUAAGUAUUAA